UGUACGCAUGACGUGUCCGCUGCGCAGCCGCAGUGUGCUAGCUAGUUUGCGAACAAGAAAGAAGAUGGAUUCUCCAAUACUGGAACCAUCCUUGUACACUGUCAAAGCUGUUCUGAUUCUGGACAACGAUGGAGACAGGCUGUAUGCCAAGUAUUAUGAUGAUACGUACCCAACGGCGAAAGAGCAGAAGGCGUUUGAGAAGAACAUAUUCAACAAAACACACAGGACGGACAGUGAGAUAGCUUUACUCGAAGGCCUCACUGUCGUCUACAAGAGCAACAUAGACCUCUUCUUUUAUGUGAUUGGAAGUUCCCAUGAAAAUGAGCUAAUGCUGAUGGCUGUUCUAAACUGCCUUUUUGAUUCGCUCAGUCAGAUGUUGAGAAAGAAUGUAGAGAGAAGGGCUUUGUUGGAGAACAUGGAGGGGCUCUUCCUGGCUGUGGAUGAAAUUGUGGAUGGAGGGGUGAUCCUGGAGAGUGACCCACAACAAGUUGUGCACCGUGUGGCUCUCCGAGGGGAUGAUGUUCCUUUGACAGAGCAGACAGUCACCCAGGUUCUUCAGUCUGCCAAAGAACAGAUCAAGUGGUCGCUUCUCCGGUAAAGUCCCCGCUGCACCAGUCCACCAGAGAGCCGCUGUCGAGCCCAGUCUUAGUGGCACUGAUCCGCAUACUCCUUUUCCUCUCAUUUCCACUCCUUCAAUUAAAGCUGUGAGGAGUACCACUGAUACUGAUCCAGUCACACUCCCAGGAUUACUGCUCGAAAAAGUUUAAUUUUCCAACCUUUUUCUUUGUUUUUUGCACAGACUUGCAUUUGUAUGACCUAAUCAACAUGAGGAUAAGAUGUGGUGUACAUUCCAGUACUGCCUGUUUUGUUAGUUUGUUUUUCCAUUAAGGCAUCUAGGUGUUCAUUAAACCAGUGAGUCACUCUCACACGUAAACCUCAUCAUAGCCUGUUGCAACAUUCCAUGUGUAUCCUUGAACAAUAAUUUUAUCCCAUUUGACAGCACCGUCAUCUUACUGUACAAAGUAUUGAGGCACUAUAUGAUUUACAUGAAUAUUGUGAUUUAAAAAAAAAAAGGUGUACAACUUGUACUGUAGUCAUACCAACAAUCUCAACGGUGUGUAUGUUGUGAAUACAUGUUGUCCGGGGAUCUUCCAUUCAUCAGAUACUUACAAUAAAUAUUUGUUGACACCAAUAUGUGAA